GUAAUUAACGAACAUUAUAUGUAAAUAGGGAAUAGUUGCUAUUAGCACCAGAAAAUGGCUAAAUAUGCUGGCGCAACUCGUGCCAUAUUGAACAUUGAUUUUUUGUUUACCGUGGCUGUGUCUUGUGUACAGUAUAUAGCGACUGGUGUGGGGAGAAGCACUCGUAUCUCCUGCUUGGGCUGUUUAUACGGGACUGGUGUGAGGAGGAAGUACCCCCUUCCCCCUCAUCCUUCCUGCUAGGGCUGAGUAUGUGGGACAGGUGUGGAUGAAGGACCUCUCCCCCCCCUCCUCCUCCUGUCUCCUGCUAGGACUGUGCAACUAGAACUGCUAUAGAAAGGGUAAUUUUCAAGUAUGGUAACCUGAUUGGAUUGUGUAUAUGAGACUAGUCUCAACAAGUUUCUGCUAGGGUUACCAUAUCAGCCUGGCUGUGACAGCUAAGUGGGGCUUUCAGGCUGUGGGAGUACAAAAACUCAAAAUCAUCAAAAGGUAAUUAAUAGGUAUGAAAAAGCAACACCCUGUCCCUCUACUCAGACUAUAUAUAAAGAGGCAUCAAUAGGCAGCACAAAUCAUAUUAAACAAUGAUUUGUUUACAUAUAUACAGAAUUUAAUAGUUUUACUAUAAUGUAAUAUGUAACCAGCUCUGCCUUGACUUACAAACAUGGACAGAGUAACAUUGUCUCUGGCACCCCUAAGAUCCAGACAAACAUGUUAGGCUUCUGUGACAGUCUGCCCACCAAGAACAUGUUCUGGUUCACGAUGACUUGCCUUCUCAAUGGGACAAAAAAGCAUUUGUCAAAAUAAAAAUCAAACCAUAUACUAUUUAAAUAAACUGUCCAACAAGAAUAUAAAAUAUUCAUUAUUACUAUUAUCUCUGAGAAUGUUUGGUAAUUAGAUAACUACCAAACUCUGAAACAACUUAAGUGACCUUCUCUCAAGAAAGAACAGGAUUGGGGACUACAGAAGAACCACUUGUAGAGUGGCUCAGGGUAGGCCCUCUAGCUUCUUAAUAUACCUUGACAAAGGCAUGAAUAUAUUUUUUAACACAACUCAAUGCAGACAAUGAGUCACAAUAAUGUGGCUGAAGAUAUGGAGACUAACCCACACACCAAAAGAUGAGGAGAUGACAACAUUUCGGUCCGUCCUGGACCAUUAUCAAGUCGAUUGUUGACUUGAAAACCAGUACAGUAAUUGAAAGUUUCCUCUCCUGACCUAAUAGCCAAAGCCAGAGGACCAAGAACAGAAAACAGGACAGUAUGUCACUUUCGUGAGGCGAUUUAAUUUUGAAUCACGUCGAUUCAAAAUUGAUACUUCAGUAUCUGUUCGUACUUCAUCAAGACUCAAGUUCACCAAAAUCCACAACAAAAAUCAUAUACUUCACCCAGAACAAUAAUACAAGAUCUUGAAUGCAGAAGCCCAUUUUAUCUUGAUCGGGUGAUCCACUACAAAUUGGAUCCAGGUUAAACCUCCAAUCACCUAGAUCCUAGCUGAAAGGAUGAAGGUGUGCGUGCAUAGGCUUGUGUGGGGACUGGAUUGCAUCGGCAUAAAGUCAUAGAAAAGAAAGACAAAAUAAACCAAUAAAAAUAUUUCCCUAUCUUCUCAUCCUUUUGCAAGAGGUACACUUGUGUGCAACAUCCAGUGCAGAAUGUUCAUGAAGAGACAGAUAUACUGGAUACAUACAGUGCCAGCAAUGUGUGUAUCAUACAGCACAUAACAGUGUUAGAAAUACUCUAGACUACAAUGUCAACAUUCUGCACUUUACAACACACCUAAAGUACCUGGCUACUACAUAUGCCUAUGGAUGUAAGUUUAUCCCAAUCUUUAACAUAUUGGUUGCACAGUAUUAUCACUCAUUAAAGUUGUAGCCUUUUCAUUGAUCUUUAGAACUUCAUAUGCAUUAACUUUCUGUGUUCAGUAUUAAGCACUAAAAUCCACCAUGAUAUAAACAAAAUAUAUUAACUUAUUUGAAAACCAGUUAUGUGACCACUUUUCAGAAAUACUAAAGGGUGCAAAAUAAUAUUCUCUAUCACAUACCCAAUUGGUCAUGAUCUUUAUACACAUCCUUACAGAGAAAUCAUAUUGAGUUACUGCAGUCAAGUAUUCACCUGGCAUAAUUCAAUAGCAAUACUAAAUAAAUGCAUCUUAAAAUUUGUUCUUUUAUUUGAUUUCUUCAGAAUUCUUGAUCAACCAAAUGAAAUAAAAUAAGCUACUUUUAUGAAUGUUUUCUAGCCAUAAAAUAUUGCAGCAUUUUAUGUAUUAUUGCAAUGUGUUUAACAAACUACUGCCACUCAGCCUUGUUCACUUCCGGCACUCAACUGCUCAGGAGUAACAAGUUAUGAAUGUCAAUUUGUUUAUGAAAAAGUAUUAUAAACAAAUUAGAAAAUUCAUGUGAAAUCAUACUCGUGUUCUCAGUGUCUAAACUAAAUUAACAAAAAUUGUAUGUGAUAAGACGGCUAAACUUAUAAUGAAGUGGAACUAUUUUGGCGUUCAGUGCCUAAAGAGACAAAAAUAUGCUUGAGUAACACACAAAAGUUGUGUUGUAAAAGAAUCUAAAUUAGUAUUGAAAAGAGUAAAAGUGCUUUUUUUUUAAUCUAAUCUAGUGUACAUAUAAAAAAGUUCAUAUAGCAUAGAAAGUAAAUGUUUAUUCAGUUUAUAAAUUACUUAUCCAAAAUAUUUCAUAUAAGAGAGAAAACAUACCAAUGAUUCUAAGAAAAUUCAUUUAAUGUGAAAAAAGUGUUUAAAUACAAAUUUACAUUUAGUAAAGUGGGAAACACCACAUAGAGAAUCUGUCUUCCAAAUUUUAAAAAGCCUGUCAGAGAAAUAAAAUCGGUACAACUAUGAGUUAUCAUAAAAAUGAGAAACCAUAUCAGUGUUGUGUGUGCCCCAAAUUUUUUUCACAAAAAUCUGAUUUAGUCAAACAUAGAAGAUGCCAUACUGGAGAGAAACCAUAUCACUGUUCAGUGUGCCUGAAAAACUUUUCAGAAAGGUCAACACUAAUAAAACAUACACGAGUACAUACAGGUGAGAGGCCAUAUCAAUGUGCACGGUGUCAAAGAAGCUUUGCACAAAAAUCUGCAUUAGUGCAACAUACAAGAGUUCAUACAGGUGAGAAACCAUUUCAGUGUUCCGAGUGUCUAAGAGGCUUUUCAAACAAAUCAGCUCUAAUUGUACAUCAGAGAAUUCAUUCAGGAGAGAAACCAUAUAAUUGUUCUCAGUGUCUAAAGGAGUUUUCACAUAGAUCAACAUUAGUACAACAUACAAGGACUCAUACAGGAGAGAAACCAUAUCAUUGUUCUCAGUGUCAAAAAGAGUUUAAAAAUAAAGCAGGUCUAGUGCAUCAUAUGAGAGUUCAUACAGGAGAGAAACCCCAUCAGUGUUCACUGUGUCCUAAAAACUUUUCUGAAAAGUCAUAUCUAGUGAAACAUUUGAGGCUUCAUACAGAAGAGAAACCCUAUCAGUGUACAGAAUGUCAAAAAGACUUUAAAGAUAAAGCAUAUUUAGUAAAACAUAUGAGGCUUCAUACAGGUGAAAAACCAUAUCAGUGUUCAGUGUGCUUAAAGCACUUUUCCCGGAAGUCUGUGCUAGUACAACAUACACGAAUUCAUACUGGAGAGAAACCAUUCAAAUGUUCAGUGUGUUUCAAAAACUUUUCACAAUACUCACAUUUAGUACAACAUUCGAAAGUUCAUACAGAAGAGAAACCGUAUCACUGUUCAAUAUGUUUAAAAGACUUUGCACAAAAUUCACAUUUAGUUGUACAUAUGAGAGUUCAUACUGGAGAAAAACCAUAUUGGUGUCCUGAAUGUUUAAGAGGCUUUUCACAUAACUCAACUCUAGUACAUCAUAUGAGAGUUCACACUGGAGAGAAACCGUAUCAUUGUACUAUAUGCCAAAAAGAUUUUUCACUUAAAGCAGGCCUUGCAAAACAUAUGAGAGUUCAUUCAGAAGAGAAACCAUUUCAGUGUUCUGAGUGUCCAAAGAACUUUUCAGUUAGAGAAUAUCUAGAUAAACACAUGAGAUUACACACAGGGGAGAAGCCAUUUCAAUGUUCAGAGUGUUUAAAAGACUUUUCACAAAAAUAUGACUUGGCAAAACACAUGAAACUUCAUUCAGGAGAGAAACCACAUAAGUGUUCAGUGUGUGUCAAAGCUUUUACAGAGAAGUCAUCUCUAAUAAAACAUAUGAGAGUUCAUACAGGAGAAAAGCCUUAUCAGUGCUCUGAGUGUCUGAAAAACUUUUCACAAAAAUCAAGUGUUGUAAAACAUAUGAGACUUCAUACAAGAGAGAAAUCAUUUGUUGUUUUUAGUGUCUAAAAGAUUUUUCUAAAAUCUUGAUAUAGUAAUCCUAUUACUAAAUAAAAAAAAAUCUUGUUCAACCCUUCUCA